AUGGUGGCUUUGGGCCGGGCACAGGAGGUGGACUUGGUGGCCAAAAAUCAGGGGCUACUGCACUGUCUUGCCCUGGCCAAGCAGAAACAGGUUGCUUCACAGACGAAGGCAGCGAGCCUUCAGGUGGAGCUACAGAAGGUGGAGGCAGUGAAAACAGCUGUCAGUCCAGAAGCUAUUGAAGAAGGUUUGGGCCAGGAGGAAGUAGAGUAUUGGAGGAGAAAGAAGCAAGACAAGGCCUUGGAGGUGGAACGGCUCAGCCACGAAGAACGCCGUUUGAAAGCUUUGCUUUUACGCUCGGGCGCCACAGAUGUGACGGAGUACCUCUCGACAAGGGGAUGCGGUAUGCUUGAUGAGUCUAUCAGUUGGUUUGCAGCCUCCCUCUUCAAGUCUGCAUUCAUCCGCCGGGCUUUCUGUGUUCACCUUUUCGUGCUGUACAGCUGGAUCGUUUUCCUUUUAUGGUUCAUUUCCAGCCGGACUCAUGAAAAAUAA